AUGGUUCGCCUUAGCUGUUUUCUAUCUUUGGCCUUGGCUGCUCAAGGGCUCCACGCCGCUCCGACUGUUUCAAGAGACCAGGGUGACCUGCAGACCCGAGAUAUUUCAGCCAGCGAGCAGAUAACUGAUAUUCUGCAGCGUGCGACGGAGCGCCCUGGAGGGCAAACAGCUGCAGAAGGUCAGGCUGACAGGAUUGCCAAGGCACCUGCACCGAACAACGGGGGAUUUCCUACUCAAGAGCAGGAAGAGAGAACUCAACUUACCAAUGCCCAACGAAAGGGAUUCCGCGGCAGCACCAAGUUUAAGGAUACACCUGAAGGCGCAGCCGCUGCCGACAAGUCCAAGAACACUCCGACGGAGCGUCCUGGAGGGAAAACAGCUGCAGAAGGUCAGGCCGAUAGGAUUGCGAAAGGCGACCGACAGUGA